AAGUCGGUUGGUUCCCGGCGAAAACGUGAUGAAAACCUCCGGUGAGGUGUCACCAUCUCCAUGCACACUUUUCCACGAAGUUUCACUGCUUGAACACCUCCUCGUCUCGCCACGUGUCCCUUGACAACCUUCUCCUGCCACGUAGUCUCUUACACUUCUCAUUCUUUUUCUCCUUUAAUCUGAUUUUUAAGGAAACAGAAAGGAAGAACUCAAAGCAACACUUUUCCUUUAUUGCCCUCCAUACAUCUCCAAAAUUAUCCUCUCCCAAAAGCUCACUUGAAACAAACAUGGAGGUUCCCGCGGGGUUCUUGGCUAAACUCUGGAGUUUUUUCUCAUUUCUUCCCUUCUUCUUCUUGCUCUUUAUCCUUGGCCUUCUCAAAGCUGCAAUCAUUGGUCCUGUUGUGGUGGGAAUUACUGUGACUGGGAAUUCGGCAGUGGUGAUUGGGCUUUGGCCUGCACAUUUCCUAUGGACCUACUUCUGUGUGGCAAGGUUUGCUUCCCUUGCAUUUGAAUUGUCUUACAGAACAAAGAGGCUGGGGCUGGUUCUAAAGAUUGUGGUUUUGGUGUCGUUGGUUGUGCCACUGGUUCUCUGGCCAGUCGUAGCAGUUGUUGGAAGCCUUUUAGGUGGAAUAGGGUAUGGUUUUUUUGCUCCCCUUAUUGCGACUUUUGAGGCCGUUGGGCAGAAUGCAGUUGACAAGUGCUACCACUGCUUUGCUGAUGGUUGUUUGUCCAGUAUUAGAAGAAGCUGCAUGGUGGUGGAGGACUUUGUAGACUUUUGCUUCCAUUCAUACUUCUCCUACAUGGAUGAGCUAAGCGAAAAAAUGCCCCCUGAUGAGAAGCCGAUGAAUGUAAAGUUAUCAAAAUUGCCAGGCUGUUUGUUGGUUGGCCUGAUUGGCAUGUUAGUUGAUGUGCCUUUGAUUACAGCUAUUACAUUGUGGAAAAGCCCAUAUAUGCUGUUCAAAGGUUGGAAAAGGCUGUUAGAAGAUUUAGUUGGCAGGGAAGGACCAUUCUUGGAGACAGUGUGUGUUCCUUUUGCUGGUUUAGGAAUUCUUUUAUGGCCUUUGGCUGUUGCGGUAGUGGGAGCUGUAGUGGGAGCUGUCAUUGCAAGCUUCUUUCUGGGACUCUAUGGUGGAGUUAUUGUGCAUCAGGAAGAUUCACCGCAUAUGGGAUUUUGCUAUAUUAUAUCUGUGAUUUCACUGUUUGAUGAAUAUGUAAAUGAUUUACUCUACUUGAGGGAAGGGUCCUGCCUGCCCAGGCCCAGAUAUCGUAGAAACAUUGUCCAUUGCCCUGAGAUGGAAAAGGUUGAUAACAAUUGUUACAAUGAACUGGAGAAUAGAGGAGAGGGUUCAUCCAGCAAAAAACUCAUUUCAGAAAACUCAAGAACAUUGAAGUGGGCAAUCCAUCAAUACAGACCUAUGCAGGCAUGGGACUGGCUUUUUAAAUCCUGUGAGGUGAAUGGUAGGAUACUCCUCUGUGAUGGCCUAAUAACUAUCAAGGACAUCGAGGAAUCCAUUGUGAAAGGCAAUUGUAGAAAGUUGGGUAUAAAACUACCUGCUUGUUCCAUAUUGCAGUGUCUGCUGGCGUCAGCUAAGUGUGACUCAUCUGGCUUAGUGAUCAUUAACAAUGAGGAAUUGACAAGAAGUAAUAUGCCAAGGGACAAGGUCCUUGAAUGGUUCAUUGGACCACUCUUGAUCGUGAAAGAGCAAUUAAAGAAACUCCAAUUAGAUGAAAGUGAAGAAACUUGCCUGAGGAAGCUGGUUAUGGGGUGCAAAAAUGAAAAACCUGAGGACUGGAAUGAUUCUGGUUAUCCUUCCAGUGAUAGUGUCAGAAGAGCACAGCUUCAAGCCAUAAUCAGAAGGUUGCAGGGAAUUGUAGCUUCCAUGUCCCGACUACCAACCUUCAGGCGUCGGAUUAGGAAUUCAGUGAAGUUGUUAUACAUAGAGGCCAUUCAGGCUGAUGCUUCUUCCAAUCAUAUUGAAAGAAUCCUACAAGCCAGAUAUAGUGGCAAGAAAUCAUCUGGAAGGGGGAAUAAAAAAGAUAGAUAUGAAAACGUAGGGACUAGAGCAUAUGAAAAUGAGGAUGUAGUGUAAAUGACCUUUGUACGGUUAAAUUUAUUGUAGAAUUUGGCCAGAAAUAUUUAGGUAUGAGAUGUCAGAAUUAGUUCUGAAUUAUACAUUUUCUGUGGUUGAAAACAUGACUUUAUGAGUUACUUGUGUUACAGAAAAAACCAGACAUUUAUUCUCCUAGUGGGUCAAAUUGCAGUCAUAUUCUUGCUGAGAAUUUGAUUGGAAUUUGGACUGGCAGAUGAAACAACAUAUAUAGCCUUUAUACUGCUGGUGACAGCUUAGUGAAAGUUUCGAUUAAUAAUAUCAAUUAAUGGAAGCUUAAUUCCUGAUACUAUAAAAGAAAAAUGAACCAUCCUUCCUUUUAAAACAGUAUGACAU